GCAGAAACCUCUGAAACCCCGCGUACUACAUCUCAAAAUGCGCGAAGCUGGCACAAUAUCGUGAACUGUUUAUCCGUAUUGUAUUCGAAUUUUGCUUUGGUUUCCGCCGGCCAGCUGUAUCUGUUGCGGUUUUGUAUUUACUGACUGUUUGAAAGCGGUGAAAUCAACCGCAGCUCUGAAUGAGCCCGAUUUGUUUACGCGCUCCGUGUUUAGAAAGCAUCGGACAUGUAACACCACAUAAUGAAAACGCUCCAAUGCGUUUCAGGAAUAGAGUUCCUUAACGCACUCUCAUGUAUGCAGUCACAUAGUGACAUCGAUCUCGUUUGAUUAGUUUCGUCUCGAGUCGUUCACAAUGAAGCUCUUCUGCUUGAGCAGCAACCCAAACAAACCAUGCAGCGUACUGAAGUUCAAAAACACCCUCAUCAUGUUCGACUGUGGUCUGGAUGCAACGUCCGUCCUCGGAUUCUUGCCUCUACCGCUUGUCCUCAGCACACGGCUCUCAAACUUGCCCCUGUGGACUCCAAGAGAGGCCGGUGAUGCGCAGUUAGAAGGGGAAUUCAAGGAGGCAAAUGGACGUGUGUUUGUUGACAGUGCUCCAGAAUUCUGCCUUCCAGAGACUGGUCUGGUCGACUUUGCCGAUAUCGAUGUCAUCCUCAUCUCCAACUACCAGUCCAUGCUGGCAUUGCCUUAUGUCACGGAAAGGACAGGCUUCAAGGGAACCGUCUACAUGACUGAGCCGACCCUUCUUAUCGGAAGGCAAUUCAUGGAAGAACUUGUCACCUACAUAGAAAGAACUCCGAAGCCGAGAACUGCGACCAGAUGGAAGCAACAGGCCCUAAAGUUUCUACAGCUUCCAUCACUCGACUUGGGAAAACCGAGGUCUUGGCGGCAGUUGUACAGCAUGCAAGAUGUGAACAUCAGCCUUUCCAAGGUCAAGGUGGUUGGGUUUGCUGAGAAAGUGGACGUAUUUGGAAUGGUUCAAGUGUCUGCAGUCAGCUCUGGUUAUUGCUUGGGCAGCUGCAACUGGAUCGUCACAGCUGACCAUGAAAAGAUUGUGUACAUGUCGGGCUCGUCGACGUUAACUACGCACCCAAAGCCCAUCGAGCACGGACCCCUGAGAAAUGCCGACGCACUCAUCCUGACCAGCUUGACGCAGACACCAUUGGCCAACCCAGACACCAUGCUUGGAGAGUUCUGCAUCACAGUAGCCAUGACUGUCAAGAUGGGGGGUAAUGUGCUCAUCCCUUGCUACCCUUCGGGCGUGACCUAUGAUCUCUUCGAGUGCCUCUCUGGUCACCUGGAGACCACCGGGCAGGUCAACGUGCCCAUGUACUUCCUGUCGCCCGUGGCCGAGAAUUCGCUGGCGUAUUCGUCCAUACUUGCCGAAUGGCUUUCCUCAGCCAAGCAAGCGAAAGUGUAUAUACCUGAAGAGCCAUUCCCUCAUGCUCAGUUGGUCCGUGGCGGCCGGUUAAAACCCUUUUCCAGCAUCAAAGCUGAAGGAUUCACUGCUGAUUUUCACACUCCUUGCAUCGUGUUUGCUGGCCACCCUUCUCUUCGCUUUGGUGAUGUGGUUCACUUCAUGGAGCUCUGGGGGCCGUCACCAAACAACGUCGUCAUAUUCACAGAACCCGACUUCAACUUGGCGGAAGCAAUUGCACCUUUUCAGCCCAUGGCUAUGAAGGCCCUGUGCUUCCCCAUCGACACGAGUCUCAGCUUUGUACAGGCCAACAAGCUCAUCCGCGACCUGAAGCCCACCAACCUCGUUCUACCCCUGCAGUACACGUUGCCACCUCCCUUGCAGCCACACCGCAGUGACCUGGUCAUUGAAGCGGAAUGUGAGGUACAAACCUACACACGUGGCAGUAUUGUUCACAUUCCAGUUCAGCGGAGGUACCAGAGAAUUGAGAUGACUGCUGAGCUGGCUGAGUCUGUAGUGCCUGUGGAAGUGAAGUGUGGGCUGGGCAUUGCAACUCUUACUGGCGCACUUCACGUCAAUAACAACCGCUGCAUGCUCAAGCCCCUGCAGAAAGAACCAAGUGGAAGCAAGAAGUGGAACGGCCAGACGCCCCCGAAGAUCUACACGUGGGGAAGCCUGGACGUCACUGAAUUCGCAAGGAAGUUAGAUAAGGCUGGAUUCACUGAUGUCAAGGUGGAGAACACCGCAUCUGGGAUGAUUGUUCAUUUGCCGAACGAAGACACGAUCAUCCAAGUGGACGAGCACUCAACGCAUGUAUUUUGCGAAGGUGACUACGCCGUUCGAACCCAGCUCAGAGACCUCUUGCUGCAGUGUCUCAACAAAUUUUAAGAAUGUGUAAAAAAGAGCAAUAAAGGAUAGGGACUUA